AUCUUAUCCUCUCGACCUCUCGGCCCAUUUCUUCCUCUUCUUCCCCCUCCCUCUGACUUUCCUCAUCUUCAUUCGCCAGACAACUGUGUCGACGGGAGAUGCUGGAGACGAUACACGGCAGGGUGUCUUGCUGUGAGAAGCUUCCGUCGUCCGGGCGCGCUCCGAUGCUGCCGGAGGAGGCGCUGUCGUGCUCGCCUGCGCGCGCAAGCUGCGGGUUUUUUGCACGAGCUGGCUCCAAGGGCCGGGCGCUACAACUUGAGGAGCUCCAAGCCGACUACCUGUUGUGGCUCUCCGGAGUUACUCAUGCGACGCGGGAAGGAAGUCGCCAUGGAACAACCCCGCCGCCUUGGAGCUCGCCCCGCCUCCGGCCCACCACCUCUCCGUCGGCCUCGUGGUCCUCCGCCUCGAUCCGUCCGCUGGAUCCACGCGCGGAGCAGCCGUAUCCGCCGCCCAGACCACCAACCAAGAGUCGCCUCUUGCCUGUCAUGCGGUCGGGAGGAGGACGACCGAGAGGAGCGCCCAUUCAUCCGCCGCCUUGGAGCUCGCCCUGCCUUCGGGCCGGCACCUCUCCGUCGGCUUCGAUCCGUCCGCCCCGCCGCCCAGACCACCAACCAAGCGCCGCCUCUUGCCUGUCCUGUGGUUGCAGGUCAAAUAAUAAAAACUGCAGGGUCCUUUAUGUAAAAACGAAUCGUUUUUUCGGAUUAGCCACUUAAAAAUAGGACCGCGGGUCGAAUUCUCUGAAACAGAUGGACUUUUAUGCAAAAUCGCGCGCGACGACGUACAGGCAGAAACCCAAUUCUCUUUA